AUGGGGAAGCCGGUGCACCAUAAGCAGAAAGCGUGUUUGUGUUCACAAGCAGAGCGGAGUUACAAAAACGAAGGAAAAGCACAGAGUAAAGAAAGAAAGAAGAACAAAGAACAAAGAAUGCGAACGGCGCGGCACGUGAACCAUAGCCCCCUCCGGGUGUACAAAGGAGAGACGGACUCGGGGAAUGAAUUCCCUUUCGUAGUGCAGUUCCACAAAAAGAAAUCACCUUACUUUAGAAAGUGCACUGGCAGCCUCAUCGCCGAAACAUUGGUCCUCACUGCAGCGCAUUGCUUAACCGACCACAAAAUACGUGAACUCGUUGUAAGAUACGGGGACUUCACCGUGCCAUGCAAUGAAACACAACUAUACAGCGAGAUAAUCAAAGCAUUUGUCCCAAAAAGUCUACUAGUACUCGGAACGAGAAUUGACAUCGGAAUAGCUCUGGUCAAAAAGAUACCUAAUCCACGUGCGAAGUUGUCAGCACUCGACUAUAUUAAGACUUUGUAUGGCCUGCCUGCUAAAUACGCCGGUUUUGGCAGAAUACUUGACUUACAUGUUGAACCAGAUAAUAUUGCACGUUACAAUCUUACUUCAGUACCCCUUCAAGCACCCCGUAGAGGGGACUCCGGGGAUCCGCUCGUCUACAAUGGCCGCAUCGUCGGGGUCAUCAUGGGAUAUCGAGCUACUGGUCCAAGGGUGACAUACGAAUUCUCUUUAGUCAGUUCAUACUUGGAGUGGAUCCAAUAA